UGGACGGAAAAGAGAUGAGUCUGUCCCUGCUGAGAUGGUCCACCUGCGCUAUAACACCUGCUUCAGAGGUUAUUGUGGCCGCGAAAAUCCUCGAGUUUCUUUCCUACCAGAUGCAGUAUACGAUGGCAUGCAACAACAGCUUCAACACAGCAAGCAAACCUGAUGAAGCAACCACCCGCGGGUGAGAUAUAGAAUGUUAUUUAAAGAAAAUGCUAGUAUAUUCAUUACCAAUUGAUUUUGCGUUAGGUGUCCAUAAAAUGUAAUACUAUAUGUUUGAUGUUCUCACAAUUUGUGUGAUUCUCAGUUUAGUUGAAAAUAUAAUUUAAUUUAAUUUUUGAAAUAAAUAUUUAAGAAAUUUUAGAUAGAUGUAUUAGAAAGAAAAAAUUAUGGUACCAAUAAAAUGGAUUCUCAUACCCAUAAAAUAGAUGUAUUAUUAGUAAGCCAUUUUUCAAAAAAGAAAACUAUUGAAUUAUUUAUCAGAAAAAGAUCUGCAAUAGUCAAAUACGUAUAAUGCGCCACGUGUGGUUACUUUUCAAAGAAACACGACAGACACUGAUUUGUCAGAAGAAAACAAAAUAAUGAGAAAUUCAAAAACACGAGAUACAUUGAACCUGGACACUUAGCAUGCCAAGGCCAAAACGCUUAUUAAAAGGAUCAACGACACAAUAGUGAAGUACACAAACAGAGGCAACGGAACCACCAAAUCAAGUUGUUUCCAAUAUUCAAAGAAAAUGGGAAAAGGAGGAGCUUAUCUGACGGUGGCGGCGGAAGAGGUUGAGAAGCUACGGAGGAGGAACGGAGAAUUGGAGAGAGAAAUGGAGGAGAUGAAGAAAGAGAUGAUUCAGUUGUGGAGGCGGACGGUGGUGGCGGAAGAGGCGGAGGAGAGACUCUGCUCGCAGCUGGCGGAGCUGGAGGUUGAGUCUCUAGAUCAGGCGCGUGAGUAUGAGUCUCGUAUACACUUCCUCGUGGACCAAAUCUCUCGUCUCUCUUCCUCCUCUCUCGAAGUCGUUGUUAUGAAUUCGUAGUGUCGGAGUAUAUGUAUAAUAUAUAAUAUCUGUAAAAAUGGCUAAUAUGAAUCCUAAGAUCUAUACCAGUUUUAAAUUUUUUUUUUUUUUUGGUUAGGAGGAUCCAAAACCUCUAGAGCUAGUCCGAUGUGUAAAAAAAAAAAGUAAAACAGAUCAAUACUGUAUUAAAAUUUCCAUUUUCA